AUGAUGAUUACGAUGACGUAAGUUCGAAUUCAACCGCCCUCCAGUGUGUCUUAACGAGGAAAUUGGCUGUAAAAUGCUGUCCAGUCGACAAUCUUGCAUGUCACAUUUCCUACUGAAUGAAUCAAAAUCAGAAGUAUGUCCUUUUUUCUCUUCUUCACAUCUUCACACAUGCCCCUACGAAAGCAGUUCCAGACAAAUGUUUGCCUCAGCGCAGUAGGCCUCCAUAAUUUCUUUAGAUGUUCUCACGAGCGUGGUCAGGCAUGGUUAAUUUAUGUGGUCCACCCAAAACACCUAUGAAUCUGAAAUUUCUAACCAGACGUUUGUUCGCAUUAUUUAUGUAACAUUGGGCCUCUGCGUGUGUGUAUGUGUGUGUGUGUGUGUGUCCGGGGUGUAGGGGUGUCAGCGGUGGGUUCACGUGAAGGUCGUAGUGGUCGCUCACUUGCUUGCAGGUGAGACUACGCCUAGCAUCCACUUGCUGGCACUAAACUCUCACCUGUGGCUCCAUGUAGCUGGGCUCUGCUCAGCGGCCACACCCCGGGCAACCGCCUUGACCUGCGGGCUAAACCAGGUGAGGGCGCUGUGCGCUUGUGCCGCGUGCACAGUGUACUGCGUGCUCCGCUGGACGUUUGGUCGGAUGAAACGAUGCGCCGGCGUCGUCGAGACGAGGCUCUGCCUGGUACGCCGUUGGACAGCUGCUGCCGGGAUGGGUCCCCGCAUCGCCCUCGCUGAGACGCUCCCACCUCCGCCGACGGAGACCGCAGACCUCGGCAUAUGCGGUCGUUCUCCACUACAAACAUAAAGUCGUGGUCCCAUAGUGGGAUUCGGUCGCGACAAACAGGCACACAGGCAGCCCGAUUCGGGGGGCACUGCCUGUCCCCAUUACGGGGGAGGGCCUACAAAAGGUGACCUAAACAUUGCUGGGCGCACGCCGUCUCCAGGCUAGCCGGGGCCGUAGACGUCUAAACAUGGUCAAAACCGAAACAACAACAAUACCAAUAACAACAACAGCCAUACUUCUUCUCCUCAUCCUACCUCUUCUACCUCUAUCUCCGUCUAUUCUUCUGCCUAUUCUUCUCCUUCGUCACCUUCUUCUCCACCUCCUUCCCGUAACCCCACUCGUUUUCCCCAGACUCACAGGGUGAGCCCGCUCACUCUGGCAGCCUGGAAUGUUCGUUCUCUUUUAGACAAUCCGAGGAGCAACCGACCGGAACGGAGGACGGCGCUAGUGGCACGAGAACUGGCGCGCUACAAGGUGGACAUCGCUGCACUCAGCGAGACCCGAUUCUCCGAACAAGGCCAACUGGAGGAGGUGGGUGCCGGCUACAUCUUCUUCUGGAGUGGUCGACCCAAGGCAGAGCCACGAGACGCGGGCGUCGCCUUCGCCAUCCGGACCGACAUCGUGGGAUGA